GAUUAGAACGAAAUUCCACCACCAUUUGUUUUGCCGUUUUAUUACGCGGUUCUGUAUACCCGGUUCUCGAUUAAGUGCGAGAUUCGUUUUGCAUUUAAAUUACCAAAACGAUCAUUAAGCGAUCGUGUAUAGCUGUGCUGAACUCUGCGACUGCUGUUAACGAUCGUUAAGCCUCUGACGGAGUAUUAUUGUCAUUGUAACCGUUGGUACGUAAAAAAAAGCACAAUCACGGUCUUUCUUAUCGCUGGUAUAGAAAAGAUAAACAGAGUGUUCUCAGGCCAGGGUCCAGCAGCAAAGUGCAUUUGUGGUUUUUGACUAGUACUGUCUGUUCCAUUGGCCACUGUCUACGCUAUGCAUCGUAUAGUGAAAUCAUCGAGCAUUUUUCGUGCUGUGUCUGCUGCUAGUGCCAGAAAUUAUUCGGUGCCGGCACCAAAAUCAUCACCCGAGAUUCUUUACACAGGGAUCUUUAUCAACAAUGAGUGGCACAAAAGCUCGACCGGCAAGACCUUUCCUACCAUCAACCCAUCCAACGAGAAGGUAAUCGCGGAGAUCCAGCAGGGCACGAAAUCCGACAUUGAUCAAGCGGUUGUGGCGGCCAGAGAAGCUUUCAAGCUAGGUUCCCCAUGGCGUCGUAUGGAUGCUUCGAAGCGAGGUCAAUUGCUGUACCGUUUGGCGGAUUUGAUGGAACGCGAUCGGGUGUACUUAGCGAGCUUGGAAACGUUGGACAAUGGCAAACCGUAUUUCAUGUCGUACAAUGCCGACGUCCCGAUGGCAAUCAGCAACUUGCGCUACUAUGCUGGCUGGUCAGACAAGAACCACGGUAAGGUCAUUCCUAUGGAUGGGGAAUUCUUCGUCUACACCCGUCACGAACCGGUCGGUGUGUGCGGACAAAUCAUCCCGUGGAACUUCCCGCUGCUGAUGGCGGCCUGGAAGUUUGGACCGGCUUUGGCUACCGGCAAUACCGUCAUCUUGAAACCGGCCGAACAGACCAGCUUGACGGCGCUAUACUUGGCGCAGCUAACCAAGGAAGCUGGAUUCCCACCCGGCGUGAUCAAUGUCGUGCCCGGGUAUGGUGAUGCCGGAGCAGCCCUGGUCGAUCAUCCGGAUGUGGACAAGGUGGCAUUCACCGGAUCGACGGAGGUUGGAAAAAAAAUUCAGCAGGGGUCCGGAUUAAGUAACCUUAAGCGCACCACACUCGAACUGGGCGGCAAAAGCCCCAACAUCAUUCUGUCCGACGCAGACAUGAAGCAUGCGGUAGAAACGUCCCACUUUGGGCUGUUCUUUAACAUGGGCCAGUGUUGCUGUGCCGGAUCGCGUACCUUUAUUGAGGACAAAAUUUACGACGAAUUCGUGGAACGCAGUGCCGAGCGGGCAAAGAAACGUACGGUCGGUAAUCCGUUCGAUUUGACCACCGAACAUGGUCCGCAGGUGGAUCGGGAUCAGUACGAGAAAAUUUUGGGUCUGAUCGACACUGGCAAGCAGCAGGGAGCGCGACUUGUUGCCGGUGGAUCGAAGGUACCGGAUUUGCCCGGUUUCUUCAUCCAACCGACGGUGUUUGCGGACGUGCAGGAUGAUAUGACGAUCGCGAAGGAAGAAAUAUUCGGCCCGGUACAGCAGCUGAUUCGGUUCAAAUCACUCGACGAGGUGAUCGAGCGUGCGAAUCUUACGGAUUAUGGGUUGGCCGCUGCCGUCUUCUCCAAGGACAUCGAUAAGGUGAACUAUCUGGUGCAGGGCCUGCGAGCCGGUACGGUUUGGGUGAACACGUACAACGUCCUUUCGGCCCAGGCACCGUUCGGUGGUUACAAGAUGUCGGGCCACGGUCGUGAAAAUGGCGAGUAUGGUCUGCAGGCGUACACGGAGGUGAAAAGUGUCAUCACUCGCAUCCCGGUAAAGAAUUCUUAAAACGAUAGGUUUCCGGUUGUUUCUUAUAAAGAGUACACGAAUGCACAAAGCGCACCACAAAACUGUUGUUUAACGGCAGACACAAAUCAAUCGUUGUUAAAUGUAG